UUGGAACUCUUCACAUGCAUCAACUGUCUUGGCCUUAACAAAAUCUGCAGAAUUUACGAUCACAGAUGACUCUUCAGAUGAUUAUGAGUAUGAAGAGAUUUCAGCAGAUGAUGGAUUUAGUCUUCAGGAAGAUGAUGAGGAUCUGUCAAAGGCUUUGCAGACUGUACAAGAGCAGGCUGAAGAUGCCCGAAUUUUAGCUUUGCAAUCAGCCUUGACUUCUGAGAAAUCAGUGUCUGAAAUACCUGAAACAAUGGAUGACUUCUUCUGCAAUUUCCUGGUCAGAUUGGGAAUGUCCAGAACCCUUGACUGCUUUCAAUCCGAAUGGUAUGAACUCGUACAGAGAGGUGUGUUCACAGCCAAAGAUACUGAAUUGGUUCCAACUGUGUAUACUCACAAACAGCAACUUGAGGCUGAAAUUAUGCGUUUGAAGAAAGAUCUGGAAAACUAUAAACUUGCUGCAAACAAAGCAAAAGAGGCUUUUCUAAAAAUGCAGAAAGAACGGGACUUCCAUCGAAUGCAUCAUAAGCGAGUGGUCCAGGAGAAAAACAAGCUUAUUUGUGACAUUAAAAGACUGAAGGCACAUUAUGCAUCAUAUGAACCAGUGCUGAAGCAGAUGACGGAAAAAUACCAGACUACACUGAGACAGAGAAUGUUAACUAGUUUGGAGAGAGACAGAGCAGUUGGGCAGGUCACAGAUUUGCAAGCUACAUUACAAAGUUUAGAGUCUGCAUAUGCUAUUCAGAUUCCUGUGACAAAAGGCUGCGGAUGUCCAAGGAAGAAAGGGUUAGAAGGUCCCCAACAGAAAGCUUUUUGGGAAAGCAGAGAGCAAAAGGUCCUUGGUGCUGAAAACUCUUCGAAUGAUCCAGUCAAAGAUGCAGAGAAGAUAGGCAAGAGCUGUCCAAAG